UCCUGCGACUGCCACUGGAUUUGCGAACCUACUGCCAUCUCAUCGGUGGACAGAGGAAUCCUCCCGGCUCCCGCCUUCACCCACCGGCCGCCCGCCGAGCUCUCCUUCCUGCAACCGCCGGGGAGCAUCCGCCAUGGACAGGAUGCGGGACGCCCUGGAGCGGGCCAAGAUGCUGGUCGGCAUGGAGGUCGACGAGGAGUCCGCUCUGCCGCCGCCCGAGGAGCAGUCCUUCUACGACGACAUCAACCGGCACUGCACCCUCAACACCACCCAGAGGCUGUAUGGUUUUGCGAUAUGCUUGGCUGCCGGUUUGACGUGCACUUUCUUGUCGAUGCUUGUUUUCUUUAACCCUGUGAAAUUUGGGGUUACAUUCACACUUGGCAAUAUGAUGGCACUCGGAAGUACAGCAUUUCUUAUAGGUCCCAAGAGGCAAUUUGAUAUGAUGCUUGAUUCUGUGCGCAUAUAUGCCACUGCGAUAUACAUUGCAAGCAUCAUAGUUGCUCUAUUCUGCGCUCUCUUAGUUCACAGUAAGGUGUUGACUCUACUUGCCAUCAUUUUGGAAUUUGGUGCCCUUGUCUGGUACAGUCUGAGCUAUAUACCCUUUGCACGAUCAGUUGUUUCAAAAGUGAUGACGUCUUGCUUCGACACUGAAUUCUAGAUCAACCAUCCUGAUCUACCUCCCAUUUUCUGGAUCAGUAGAUAUUGGUGAUAUACCAUGUUAACUUUCUCGACACUGUUCUCCCCUUGGCACAUCUGUACAUGGCAUUUCCUUUGUUCCGUUUGGCUUGGGGCAUCCGUCCGUGUGAAAUGCUUAGAGCAUUAAUCCUGGAUCAGUAGGAGCAGCACUAUGAUAAUCCUGUAUGGUACUGUGAUGUUCAAAAAGUUAUGAUAAGUUGAUAACGAUGUCGUGGUGUUUUGAGUGGAAA